AUGUUUGUUGCCACAUUGCAACAAAUGAAUGUUACUUUGCCUUUGUUGAAGGGCCUAAAGGUCAUCUUCAUAUUGGCCAUGGUUAUGGCUUUAGCCAUCAUUCUUUCAGCAGCACCAACUGAAGAGGAAUCACUAAUCAACAACGACAAAGAUACUACAACUGAAAAUUUUGAUGUUCCUUUGCCAGAAACAGAAAAACCAACAUCACUACGAGGGACUAGCCGAUUUCUAGCCCAAAUACCACGUGUCAUGAUGACAUGCAACAAGUACCCUAGCGUAUGUCAUGCCAAGGGCAGCCCGGGGCCAGAUUGCUGCAAGAAGAAAUGUGUCAAUGUUUUGACAGACAGACUUAACUGCGGCGUGUGUGGCAAGAAGUGCAAGUACUCAGAAAUUUGCUGCAAAGGCCAGUGUGUGAACCGUUUAUCGGACAAGAAGCACUGUGGAAGCUGCAACAAUAAGUGUAAGAAAGGGAGUUCAUGUGUGUAUGGAAUGUGCAGCUAUGCAUAA